GUUCUCUUCCCAAGGACUCUCUGCACUGAACAGAGAACCGCGAUGAGGGCAGAAAUGCUAGCCGUGCUCUUCAUCCUUGGGGGAUUUGUCCCCUUGAUCGAUGCAGAUUUUGUGCUCAGAGUGUUGACGACUGAGGACGGAGUACUCACAGGCCGUUUCCCAGAUUCUCUGCUGCUCAGCCUCCCUCCCUGUAACUAUUCAGGCCAGAGUGUGGACUUGGAGUACCUUAACGUAAACACAAACGAAUACAAGACUCUGAGCAAUAUUUUCACGGUUAAUUGCACAAAUGGUAUCAGCACUGCUGGAUCAGCCGCGCUCAGCAGAAACCUUGGUUACCAAGUGACGAACCUCACCAAUGGCACAGAGUACAAGUUCCAUUAUAAGAUUGGAGCAACCAACAGUUCCUACGUACUGGCAACUACAAGAAGAGUGUUUGACUACAACGGAAUUGACGAAGGCCUCCCAGCACGCAGUGGAGCGAUGGUGGUCAUCACAGUCAUUUUGUCUUUGGCCAUGUUCUUUCUGCUAAUCUGCCUGAUUCUCAGUACGGUGAUGUCAACUAGUUGAAACAGAGCCAUUUCACAUUCAGAGAUUCACUUUUGGCAUGUGCACACUUUUUAAAUAUAUGAUGUGCGCAUCUUUCUAACAGGUCUUCAUCAGGCUAGCAUGAAAUCAAAAACAGGCCAAUUACUCAACUAUAAGUCUUUUCACAUAUAGAUACAUACAUACGCUUCAAGAAUAGGGUAUGCAGAGGGUGAAUUAUCAUGUGCCAUUGAUUAAGCCAACAUAAAAGACCCUAAACACAUCUUUUCAAAAUAAGAAGUUAAGCUCUUUCAUAUUUAAUCUACAUUUCAGGAGUCCAAACAGGGUACUGUUAAUUUCUAUAUUAUGAUAAAAGCCUAAUAAAAAGAGUAUUCUUCCUCUAUAUAUGUUUCUCCCCAAAAUAAGUAUCUCAAAGCUGAUAAUCAUUUCAAUAAAGCAUUCUGUCUUGAAAAUG